ACCUGUGCGUGUGACAAGGCAUCGCACUUCCAAAAAGGUGCUGUGUAUGACGUCGACCGCAUGAUAGACACCGUAAUAAAGCAGACCAAAAUUCGAGACUCCAUUAAAUCUCUCUUCUCGAGCUCCGAUGUAUAACAACGAGGCUGCAACCAUAUCCCGUGCGACCUCUGUUUCGCGUACCAGCAAACACGGCUCGACAGCGUCGCGCAACCAAUCUCUCAUCAAGAAAAAUGUUGCCCCGCAGGAUCUCCGCCCAUCCGAUGUUCUUAUCGAGCGAUUCGUCUCGUGGAAAGCUAUUGUGAAACAACUCAUCAGUUACUUUGAAGGCGUUGCCGAUAUUGAGAACAACAUCGCCAAAGAAUACACAAAGCUUGGCGCAGUAAUACAAGUACCUUUCCGCUCAGGGAAUCAAUUUCUAGGCGAAGGUGGCCUGCAGGACGUAUAUUACGGCAUUCGCGACAAAACACGCGUCAUCGCCGACCAACAUGCAAACCUAGGCCGGACCAUCGAUAGCUCCAUCGUGCAACAUCUACAGAAACUGCAUGUAGAAAUUAAAGCGCACAUAAAGAAUGUUCAAAACGACACUGGUAAAUUGGCCACCAGUGUUGCCAAAGAACGCGAGCUAUCCGGAAGAAUGAUCAGUGAACUAGCGACGAGUGUCAGCAUUUUCAAGAAUACCCCGAUGGGCGUGACUAAUAAAAGUGAUCCUUAUGUUGCCAACAUAGCAGUCAUGAGACAAUUGCAAAAACAGGUCCACGAAGAAAAUGCUCUUCAGAAAUCCAUUAUUAUCAUGCAACAGAAUUCUGCCCACUUCGAGGAAGGAAUUGUACGCGCCAUUCAGUCGGCGUGGCAAACUUAUGAUGAGUGGCGAUCUCGAAUGACCAAUUCAGUGCAAGAUACCUGGCAUACUAUGGGUCGAAACAUGGUCUCACUUGCGCCCGACCGGGAGUGGAUAUCAUUUUCAGCCAGGUCUGACCAUCUUCUUGAUCCCGAGACCCCUCUGCGAAAUCCAGAAACUAUUCAGUACCCCUCGAAAGAAGACACCUCGGUCAUAGCCGUGCAUACUGGACAUCUUGAACGCAAGAAGAGGUUUACAAGGACCUAUCGCGAGGCCUACUAUGUCCUUACUCCCGCAGGAUUCUUGCACGAGUUUGCGACGUCUGACCCAUCUCAAUCAGGCAGUCAAACACCAAUAUUUUCAUUAUUCCUUCCGGCGUGUACGCUCGGCCCCCCGUCAACACCGUCUUCAAAGUCUCACAAGUUCCAUAUCGAGGGCCGCAAAGACGGCACGGGUACCACUAAACACGGCUCUUUUAAAUUGCCCAUGACGGGUGGCCAGCAUGCUUGGUCAUUCCGUUCUCGUAGUCAUGAGGAUAUGAUGGAAUGGUGGAAUGAUGUCAGAAUGCUAUGUGCCCGUUAUCUCGUCGCUAGCGAGCAGAUGGACCGCGGAGGUCCGGUUGAGGCGGCAGUCCGUUCUGCUGGAUAUAUCAGUGACGAAGAGGACGAGGAAGAGGAUGGGUCUAGCAUUGAAGAGGACCAAGAAGACGAAGAUGAUGACGAUUUGUAUGAAGAUGCUGACGCUGUUGUUGAUGACGAGGAGGAUCAUAAGGAUCCGCCUUCUUACUCCAACCCCGCCAGGAACUCUCUUAACGGUACCCAUCAGAGUGGCUACGCGCCAGACAAACGAGCGUCGUCGAUGAGCUAUGAUGAUGGCAUGGCUUCGUCACGCCCAAGCAAGCGUCAGCAGGAGAAGGCACCCGAAGGACGACCUCCACAUGACCAACAUGUAUCUGAUGCUGCGGGUCAAGCUCCUAGUGACCACGAAGAACGUAGCUCUAUGCCCCAGAGCGGUGAAGCUGGUCCUGCGCCAAUGGAAAGCAAAUUUACUGAAGAUCUGGAGUGACCAAGCGGCGGCAUGAUGGCUAUCCUCCACAACGUAACUUAAUCAGCAAUAAAUCAUAGCUCAUCGGACCUGUUCCUUUACUUUAUUGUUUUUUUCUGUGUCUGCAUUGCCGGAUAAUCCGUACACGAGAUUGUUUAAUAUAUUUGUUUAACACGCCUAA